AGACACUAGUGACGGAAAAGGGAGUAUUGCUGUCCGACUUUACUCACCACUAUUAAUAGACGUUUUAUGCUUAUUCAUGCUCAAAUAGAUGUGCACUGGAUGUAUAAUAACUGUUCGUUAAAUCAAGUCAGUAUAAAGUAGAGGGGUGGGAGGACUUGCUGAAGCAAGCGUUAUCAGGUCAAGAUGUCGAUUCAGUACGAGGAACCGAUGGUAGACAGCUAUGGGGUGGCGGACUCGUUCCCCAAAGAUUUUGGAUAUGGAGAAGAGGAGGCCGACAUGGAGGACACUCAAGCACCCUCUGACAGCAAGCCAAGAAUAUUGCUGAUGGGCCUGAGAAGGAGCGGCAAGUCAUCCAUUCAGAAGGUGGUGUUUCAUAAGAUGUCCCCCAAUGAGACCCUAUUUCUGGAGAGCACAAAUAAAAUCUACAAAGAUGACAUCUCCAGCAGCUCCUUCGUGAACUUCCAGAUCUGGGAUUUUCCUGGUCAAGUGGACUUCUUUGACCCAACCUUUGAUUAUGAGAUGAUCUUCAGGGGAACUGGAGCUUUGAUAUUUGUUAUUGAUGCACAGGAUGACUAUGUGGAGGCUCUUGUCAGACUCCAUCUCACAGUAUCUCGGGCGUACAGAGUAAAUCCUGAAAUAAACUUUGAAGUGUUCAUCCAUAAAGUAGACGGCCUGUCUGAUGACCACAAGAUUGAGACACAGAGGGACAUUCACCAGAGGGCCAAUGAUGACCUAGCUGAUGCCAGCUUGGAGAAACUACAUCUUAGCUUCUAUUUGACGAGUAUCUAUGAUCACUCUAUAUUCGAGGCCUUUAGUAAAGUGGUUCAGAAACUCAUUCCCCAGCUGCCCACCCUGGAGAACCUGCUCAACAUCUUCAUUUCUAAUUCAGGGAUUGAGAAGGCCUUUCUGUUUGAUGUAGUUAGUAAGAUCUAUAUAGCCACAGACAGUUCACCGGUUGACAUGCAGUCCUAUGAGCUGUGCUGUGAUAUGAUCGAUGUGGUCAUCGACGUGUCCUGUAUCUAUGGAUUAAAGGAAGAUGGCAGUGGCAGUGCAUAUGAUAAGGAGUCGAUGGCCAUCAUUAAACUCAACAACACCACUGUCCUCUACCUGAAAGAAGUCACCAAGUUCCUUGCUCUUGUCUGCAUUCUUCGAGAGGAGAGCUUUGAGCGCAAAGGCCUUAUAGACUACAAUUUUCACUGUUUCCGGAAAGCGAUUCACGAGGUGUUUGAGGUGGGCGUCUCGGUGCCUCGGGCUGGGUUGCAGCAAGCCGGAACACCGUGCAUGAUGAAGGCACUCGCCCUGAACGGCACACCCAGGAGCACAGUGUAGACGCCACACGGCCCGGCGGGGGGGUGAAGAAUCGAAAGGAAGCAGGAGGCAGCCUAACACAGGAAAGACAGUAAGCGGGAGGCAUGCUGUGCCGGAUUGUUCUCCCUGCUCCCGAAAGCCUUAUACCAUUGGAGCGAAGGGACUCCAAGACCACCAAACCCACCGCGAUGGGGCAGAUGCUGUGGCCUCACGGGGGCGGCAUCGCUAAGCUAUAAUAGGACAGAAGGGAAGAGGCACAUAAAGAGGCACGAAUCACUGCCCUCUUUGUGCGAUAAAAGGCAUUAAUACUGUCCGAGAGGAAUAACAGCAGCUUUGAAAUAGCAUCUUGGCCUUCUUUGCAGGAACUCUUCACUCUGAGACUUACCUGGACAACACAAACUGCGCAAACACUGUACCGUUUUGCUGCUGGUCACACAGUGGGGCCCCUGCUUUAAUCCUCAACAAGCAGUCGUAGCAGACACUGUGGGAGGUUGCUAGGUACUGUGCACCCGUUUGAUGACUAGUCAGGCCAAGUAUACACUGCAACACUUGUGAAGCCUUAUGUAGAGGAGAUGAGACUGAUGCGAGUACCUGCUUACAAAUUCACAUAAUCCUAUUCCCCUAACUGUUGUUGCUUUGAGGGUUUCUGAGGAGGAAAAGGACUGAAAUUAUUGUGUGUGUGUGUGUGUGUGUGUGUGUGUGUGUGUGUGUGUGUGUGUGUGUGUGUGUGUGUGUGUGUGUGUGUGUGUGUGUGUGUGUGUGUGUGUGUGUGUGUGUGUGUGUACUAAGGUGAGUACUGGCUCGGGUUUAGGACUCAUUAAGAUGUGACCUUACCUGAGUGCCCAACAAAAGCAAAUAAUAUUUAAGUUGUAGUGUUUUUGCCUCAUGGUGAUUAUGGAAUUCUUAAUGGAAAUGAACAGUUAUUAGUGUUACAGUGUACUCCAGAGAAGUGAAAAAAAGUGAAGUUAUUAGUGAUGUAGUACACUCCACAGAAACUCUUGGAGGCUGCCACAAUGUAUGUUUUGUCAAAAUGUUCACAGAACACUCAGUGAGAACAUUUGUGAAUUGUCAGUGCACUCAAAAAAAGAAUCCACAUUUUUUUAGGAGCAUAUUGAUUACUAGUAAAAAUGUGUGUUUGGGAUACAGCAGACACACCCCUUAAUUUUAAAAAAGGUUAAUUUCAAGUUUCAGAAGUAAUUUCCAUAGAAUCUGAUUAAUUAUGCAGCCUUACUCUCACACUGAGAAUGUGCUAAAAGUGUUGCAAAAAGAAAUCAUUGUACGGUUAUACUGUAGGACACUGUGAUUGCAUCAUAUAUUUUAGAUGCUUAGUUACCACAUCCUUGGCACAUGGCUGUUUGAAACAGAAUUACCUUUAGAAAAAUUACAUUCCAGUGAUGUGGUGCCCAAAUGUUAUAUCACUUUGAUAUUCACUUUCUUCACAGAAUUACCAAUAUUAGCCUUGGCUUAGAAAACCUUCCAUAAAAAAGUAAUUGCACAAAACAUAGGGUUCUGUAUUCCAUAUACACAAUAUUUUACCCAUUCCAGGCAUGUGUACAGAGUCCUUCCAAUUUGUCUUGCAUUCAGCAUAACAUUUUGUAUUUAAUUUUAGGGGAAUAUGCACUAACUAAAUAUAAAUUAAAUCAGAGAAAGAUAACCAAGUUUCUAACUUAACCAUCUACUAUAUUGUCUAGGUUUCCUGUGAUUUCUUGCUUCGCGGACUGCUUAUAAAAUUACAUCUGUCUUAUGUUCUGCCAAAGAUUUCCUGCCAUUCACAAGAAAUAAACCAUACACACCUGAAAUAAUAAUGACUUUUUUGCUAUGAGUUCCUUGUGAGUAAACCUUAGAUAGAUUCUGCACUUCAGAAAUGUAAGUCAGAACAAAUCCAUACUGUACCACACCGUAUUCUUCAUGUUAAGGAGGGUAUGAAGUAUGUA